AUGGCUCUCCCUACCAUCAAUAUCGAGGAAGUCAAGGCCUCUGUCGAUGCCGCGCUGGAUGAACUACAACAAGAUUUGCGGAAACUGAACAGCCAGAUCUGGUCCAAUCCCGAGUUGGCUUAUCAGGAGCACCGCGCUCAUGACACAAUUUGCGACUUCCUCGAACGUCAGGGGUUCACUGUUACUCGUCACGCCUAUGGCCUUGACACCUCCUUCGAGGCCUUAAGUGGCAGUGGUGGACGAUUGAUCAAUUUCAAUGCUGAAUAUGACGCCUUGCCCGGAAUUGGGCAUGCCUGUGGGCACAAUCUUAUUGCGACCAGCAGUAUCGCUGCGUUCGUUGCGCUGUCAUUUGCCAUCAACAAAUUUGGUAUUUCCGGGCGAACCCAGUUGCUGGGUACACCAGCCGAAGAGAAUGGAGGCGGAAAGGCGAAAUUGAUUGAUGCCGGGGCUUAUAAAGGCGUCGACAUCUCACUAAUGGCUCAUCCUGGACCGAAGAAACUCUUCCCUGACCAGGAGCCAUCGGAUGGCAUCGCGGGAACUCUUAUGAAUGCCCGCAAGAAUAUCCACUGCGAAUUCACCGGUCGGAACGCUCACGCUGGUGGGAAUCCAUGGGAAGGGAUCAAUGCUCUCGAUGCUCUAGUCUCAGCUUACAACAAUGUGGCUGUUCUUCGACAACAAAUGCUGCCGGAUCAGCGUAUUCAUUGUGCUUUCUUGGACACACCCAAGGUAGCUAACGUGAUUCCGGAUUAUACAAAAGCUUUCUGGCAGGUGCGGAGUCCAACCUUGAAAGGAUUGAAUACUCUGAUGGGUAAGGUGCGCAACUGUAUUGAGGCUGGUGCGUUGGCCACUGGAUGCCAGGUCAAAAUUUCCGAGGAUGAACUCUACACCGAUGUCCGAUUAAAUGACACACUCUGUGAGCGUUAUCAUGUUCACAUGGGGCGAUAUGAUCGACAUGUGCUGAAGCGCCAUGACAAGGUCCUAACAGGAUCAUCUGAUAUCGGCAAUGUCAGCUAUGAGACUCCCACGCUCCAUACAAUGUUCGCAAUCCCUGCUCCUGCAACUUCAUUCCCCCAUCACCCUACCUUCGCAGCCGCAGCCGGAACAGACGAGGCUCAUACCGAGGCAUUGAUUGUUGGGAAGUCUUUGGCCUUGAUCGGAUGGGACAUGGUUGCAGACGAUGCUUUGUAUGGCACUGCCAGCCGCCAAUGGAAGGAAGAAAUUGCGCGGGAGGAUUAG